CAGCAGCAGAUGGUGGCGCUUUGUUAGCGCAGCUGGGCCAAGGAAUCUGUCCAGCUGCUCCUGCGAAUCUUCCCGUUAUGUGAUGGCAUCUGCGGUACUUUCCCCGCCGCUGCCAGGGUGAGGGCGCAGUUCGGUUGAGUACGAUGACGCCCGGGCUGUGCUGCCAGCAGUAGCACGCCUCCCGGCUCCACGUGGGUCGCAGUGCAGCGGCCGCUGCUGGGAGAGUGCGCACGGCGCUGGCUGGGGAGGAAGCGGGAAGGAAGCCAGACCCUGCUGCUGCUCUGACGUGAUCGGGUGUUUGACGGAGAGCACGGGAAGCGCCCAGGCUGCGCGGCGUCUGCCUGUCCUGCUGCCGACCGGCCGGCUCAGCCGUAUGUGAGGCUUGGAUGGCUUGUGACAAAGGUCGGUGUGUAGAAUGACUAAGCAUCCACCAAACCGAAGGGGGAUUGCCUUUGAGGUUGGAGCACAACUGGAAGCACGUGAUCGGUUGAAGAAAUGGUAUGCUGCCCAUAUUGAAGAAAUAGACUAUGAAGAAGGUAAGGUGCUAAUCCAUUUUAAACGCUGGAAUCACCGAUAUGAUGAGUGGUUUUGCUGGGACAGCCCUUACCUUCGUCCUUUAGAGAAGAUCCAGCUAAGGCGAGAAGGCUUGGUUGAAGAGGAGCCUCCUGUGGUGUUUCGUGUAAAUGAACAAGUAUUGGCUUGUUGGUCUGACUGCCGAUUCUACCCGGCAAAAGUAACAUCUGUCAACAGGGAUGGCACCUACACUGUCAAAUUUUUUGAUGGUGUUAUUCAAACAGUUAAAAAUAUUCACGUGAAGGCCUUCUCCAAAGAUCAGGCCAAUGUCGCUCGUUCAAAGCAGCGAGAAAGGCCCACGGAAAGCACUUCACCUUCUGAUAAGCAUAGUGGGAAAUUUAGAGAACAGAAAAAAACUUCAGAGAAUAGCACUGUUGAAAAAGAGAAACCUCCGACCACCGAUAAAAAAGCAGCCCAGCCUGAUAAGGACAAGAAGCCAAAAACCUGUGAGAAGAGCAAGCUUCCUAUUGUAAAAAAUGAGAAAGAGGACAAAGAAAACAUAUCUGAAAAUGAAAGAGAGUCUUCUGCAGAAACCCGCACAGAGGAGAGGAGUGGGCAUAAUGACAGCUCGAAAGCACCACAUGAAAAUGGUGACCGCAGGAAGAAGCGGGAUCUUUCAGCCUCUCUCUCAUCUUCUGACCAAGCUUCACAAACCCUUCAGCCAGUAACGUUGGAGCUAAGAAGAAGGAAGAUCUCAAUAGCGUCAGAAAUUCCUGUCAAACGACCACGGCUGGAAAAAAGAAAGAAUGCUGCUUUAGAGGCACAUGAAAAAAAUGAAAAUGUAUCGCUUGGAGAACCACAGUCUUAUACUGAGGAUGGGGAGGAUGAAAAGCUCAUUAGACCUACUAAGCCAUCUCCAAGCAGGAAUCAGGAGGACCUGUGUGUCUUGGAGGCACCAGCACCAUCUGCACCAGUGGAGGACUCGCUGUCUGACAGUGUUUCAGUUGUGAAACAGGAAGGGAAGACUGAAGACUCUCUUGCUGUGGUCCCCGAGCCUCCCGAUGUAAAGAAUGUGCAAUCUUCAGAGGAUAUUACGGAGUCUGCCUCAGCUGGUGUUCUGGACAGUCUCCCAGAACAUAAAUCUGACAAUCUCAAAGAGAUUCCUGCACUGAAUGAAAUUCAGAUGAUCACUGCACUAUCAGCUCCUAUGAAGCGGAAACCACGAUCUGACAAUUCUGCUAAAUACAGUAGAGAACCUUUAACAAAUACUUUGAAGAAACCUGAUGAUAUAGCUCCCAAAGCUGUGACCAUGGAACUGGAUCCUAACAGGUUUAAAUGCAAGAUUUUGGAUUGCAACAAAUCUUUUCGCAAAGCCAAACUGCUGCAUUACCAUAUGAAGUAUUUCCAUGGAGUUGAAAAGGCAGAGCAGGAUCAGAGCCCUAUGACCAGGCAUAUGCAGACAAGAGGCUCUUUAGCUCAUGAAAAGGCCAACCAGCAAACCUCAAAGAGGAGACGCACCACCUCUGGUUCUCUGCAACCCAAUACACUUCAGACCUCUCUAAGAAGUUUGUCCCAUGAUGGCAAAGACAGACGACACUCAACUCCAGCGACAAACAGCUCAAAUGCCUGUCGUGCUUCACUUAAAGAGAAGAGUAAGGAAAAUCAAAUCCAGAAGUUCCAUUGCAAGCCAGAGAAAGUUUUAGAUAGUGUUAAAGAAAAAGUACAAGAGAAGUGCAAAGACUUUCUGAGCCUGCAACCCAAGAGGAAAAAUAAAAGAUCAAAGUCAGAUCUGUCUAGCAGUGAGGAAACCGUUACUGUUCCAAAGGAGCUGUCAUCCCCCCAAAAAUCCCCCAUAAAGCUUAAUAACAAUUGUAAGAUUCCAUGUUCUAUAAAAACCUCAGAUAAUGGGAAGCGGCGAGAUACAGCCAAAAUAAGUGAUGAGGAAACACUAAGUGAUUCAUGCACAGAAAGCCUGCUUUGGAGUGAUGAUGAUUAUAAUGAAGAGAUUGAUGUAACAAAUGCUGACGAGGAAAUGCAGGAGGAAGAGGGUGACUGUGAAAUUGUGCGCUGCAUGUGUGAGGUGCAGGAGGAAAAUGACUUCAUGAUUCAAUGUGAAGAAUGCUUGUGCUGGCAGCAUGGUGUCUGCAUGGGGUUAUUAGAAGACAAUGUCCCUGAAAAAUAUACCUGUUAUAUAUGCCAAGAUCCCCCAGGUCAGCGCCUGAGUCUGAAGUACUGGUAUGACAAAGAGUGGCUGAAUGAAGGUCACAUGCAUGGUUUGUCAUUUCUAGAGGAAAACUAUUCUCAUCAGAAUGCAAAGAAAAUUGUGGCCACACACCAACUCUUGGGAGAUGUGCAGCGUGUUAUUGAGGUUUUGCAUGGGCUACAGCUGAAGAUGAGCAUAUUGCAAAGCAAGGAGCAUCCAGACCUUAAAUUCUGGGGUCAGCCGUGGAAGCAGCGUAUGAUGAACAACAAAUGUUACCUUAGACAAAGCAUGGAGGAGAACUCCUGCAAAGCAGACUCCACUAACUACAGGACUUACAAUGGUGCAGUGGAUAAACCUUCAUCUAUACCUUAUGUGGAGGAAUCUUAUAUCACCAGUGAGCACUGUUACCAAAAACCUCGGACCUAUUACCCUGCAGUAGAGCAGAGACUGGUUGUAGAAACACGGAGUUCGUCAUUGGAUGGUGGAGUAGAUCGAAUACGGCAAAGCAGGGAAGAUUCCAUUGCAGAAAGGCUUGGAUGGGAGUUAGACAGAGAAUUGCUAAAGACCGAGAGUGAGUCCAAGCAUAAUUACUGUAAGGUCAGAGACUGCUUGUCAAAGAGGAAUCCACCUCAGGAGUCACCACAUGCACAGCCCAUGGACAAUGGUGAUGCUACAGUCAGCUCACAGCUACAGUGGCAAUUGAAUCUGCUGGCACAUCUGGAGUCCCUGCAGGAUGAAGUCACUCAUAGAAUGGAUUUUAUAGAGAAAGAACUUGAUGUUCUAGAGAGUUUCUUGGAUUAUACCGGAGAACUGGAGCCUCCAGAACCACUUGCGCGGCUUCCUCAACUGAAGCAUAGGAUCAAACAACUUCUAAUGGACCUUGGCAAAGUGGAGCAAAUUGCUCUUUGUUCUACAUGAAAAGACUAGAGUUGGUGAUGGAAACAGCUCGUCAUAACAGAAUCAAGGUCUUUCAGUACUGCAAAGCCUUGAGUAAAAUAUGCAGACUGUGUGUUCUGUGGACAGACUGCUGGCUUAAUGGAGGAUAUUAGUACAAAGGAGCAGGUUGCUCAUACUAUUUGGUAACAGGCUAGAAUAUUACCGGAAUGUAAUGAAGCUUGUAAAAAACGUUUUGUUUUUCUUAGUUGUCCUAAAUUGUUAGUUCAUAUUUUAGUUCUCUUAUGUCUGUGUCUUUUUUGCUUGAGUGUCUUUCUUUUCUAUCUUUUCCUUUCUUUCCUUUGCUUUCUUUCCUAUCCUUUAAAGGUAUUCUUCAUACAUUAUUAUUGUUGGAGCAAGAUAGAUAACAAAUGAGUUGGGUAACAAUAACUUAGUCUAAACUAACCUUAAAUAUUGCCACUAACAGAACAGCUUAGGGAGCCAAAAAAUGUUCUAGUUUUGAUAACCUGAUUGUUAGACCUCUUUGUUUUUUUUUUUCUUCCCUCUUAAGUGGUUACCAACUUACCUCCUUUACUAGAUGCAUUUUGCAGUAUUUAAUCACGGAGAAUUUGUUGUCCUGACUUCUUGCUUAAAUAUUCCAAUAAGACAUUUUCUUUUUGUUUUGUUCUGUUGUUGCAAUGUUUUGUAGGCAUUAUGUUCUAAAUAAUUUGCUUUUGAACUUGCUGUAUUGGUACAUGAGCACCGUUCUGCUAUUACUAGGGCACGACUUAAGAAUACUUGGUAAAUGGUCUAUGUAAUGCUUUUUGUAUAAUUAUGGUGUAUUAACUUAUGGUCAAGCUGUGCCUACAGAGUGAGGGAACUAAACAUAUAUGGUAUUUUAUUAAAUGUGCUGUGUAAUACAGCAUUACAAAUUGUCUCAAUGUAAAAUGAGUGAAUUGGUAAUGGACUUUGCCUUCAGGACUAACCUAGUAUGAACAGUUGAUCACAGAACUGGUACUUUGCUUGUAUGACUUAUAAAGAGCACUUGAAGGUUGAUUAUUCAAAAGUUAUUUCUGGAAGCUAUAACAUCCAGUUGAACUUUGCUUUUUUAGGCGUAGGGUCUUGUAUGAAUGUACUAAAGCCACAAAAUUUAUGCACAAAUGUCCCUGUUCUAUAGAUUAUUUACAGCAUGAUUUUCUUUUUUUUCUUUUUUUAUAGUAUGUAUGUUUAUUUAUUACCCUGUCGCUGCUUGAAGAAAGGAUGUGGCAGGGCUAAGUGUGAGCUCGUCAUUAUUUUUCAAAGCUUGUUUUUGUUUUGUGAGAUCAACAUGAUUGAAUGUUUAAGUCGAUAUGGUGGGCAGAAUGCCAGUGGUAGUGCACAGCUCUAAGUAUCUGUGUAAGAGAUAAUCAAAUAGUUAUGGGAUUUUAUUUUAAUCUGGCUACGCUUAUUUAGGGGCAUGAUUUAUUUGCCUACAAAUGCAACCCAUUCACAUAAAUUCAGAAAAUUAUGUAAAACAUGCCUAGUAGCGUUUUUGUAUGUGUGGUGCAUUUUAAGUAAAAAAUAAAUAAAUAUAUAUAUAUAUAUAUAUAUAUAUUAAAAUAAAGAGGGCAUGCUAAAUCUCCAGCAACCUAGAUAGAUGCCAAUUAUCAUUUUGUUAUACUACGCCUUUCAGCUUAUGUAUAAACAGUGUUCUAUUUGUGUUGUAAAUUAUCCUUAUUUUUAUUUUCUUCCUUUUGUACUCCUGAAAACAAAUUUGUCUCACGAUGUUUUUGUGUUUGAAAACAAAAGUUGUUUUGAUAACACUCAAAUUUGUGUAAAUCUUAUAGACUAAAUUAAUUUCCCUGAAGACUAGUUUGGUUGGCUAUUUUUUUGUGUUAUAAAAGUGAAAAUAUAGUCAUGCUUUAAAUGCAGUGGAUUGUAAAUUAUUUAGUGGUAUGAAGCAGAGCCACAAUAUCCCCCCUUUUUUUCUCUCCCCCCCCCCCCCCCCCCCCUAAGCUGCUUUGAAGUUUUUCGUUUAGAGAGGAGUUUUUCCUUUUUGAAACUGUUCUUCCUAAAAAUAAAUAUAUAUUUAACUUUGUUUCUGAA